AUGCAGGAUUUGCGGGGGCAAGCCCCUGUGAAGCCCAAGUCUUUAGGGACAAGAGCCAUGGCCUUCGUGGAAAGUCGCGCCGCAAGAUGUGGCCUCGUAGUGGCUGCCACUGCGUCUGCCGCCGGCGGAUGCUGGGAGGUUCGGCGAAAGCGACUGUGGGCUGAAAUGGAGGCGGCGCGCGUGCGCUACCGAGAUACGGGUUCUGAGACGAGGUUUCCUUUCUACGGCCGUGACUGGGGUUACGAGGUAGACUACAUGCUGGAGCUUGGGCUGCAGCCGGGCGACCGCUGCUUCGCCGAGUAUCGCUUGGAAGCUCUUCCGCUGACGCACGCCUGCGCUGUGGCCUUGCGCAGGCGACUAACGGAGCCCGGCAAAGUCAGAUGCGACGAGGAAGCCGUGAUCGAGCUUGUGGCUGGUCAGAGGCACUGCCGACACGGAGUGAGGCCAGGGCCCUGGUGGGCGCCCUGGCGCCCGGCGGUGGAGGCCAAGGCCCUCACCAGGUACAGCGACUGGCUGGCGUGGCCGGUUCUGGGAGAGGUUCGCAUCCUCCGCCUUGCCCCCGACAGGUUCGGUUCGGAGAACUGGUGCACCGUGAGGUGA